UAGGCCCCCGUUUCGCUAUCGAGAAAAAAAGAAAGAAAGAAGAGGGGUCUCCUGCUUCUUCUGGAUAGGCGGAGAGAUAUGGCAAAGAACAAGGACGACAUUAAGUACGGGGAGGCACAGGCGAAGCUGUCCGACAAUGAGAUGCUGAGGGUCGCGUACAAGCACGGCACCCCGCUGGAAGGGGGGAAGAUCGCCGAGUCGGAGCCCGUCGAUAUCUUCUCCAGCGCCCACAACAUCCCCAGGUCAGCCCACAACACGGAUGACUCGUCGUCUUCGCCUCAGCAACAGUUGCACCGCCCUCCACCUGACGACUCUAACAACGCGGCAGCUGGGGCUGAUGACGGAGGAAGAGGGAUGACUAUUCCCAAGAAUAAGAACCCCAGCAUGGCCAAUCAGCCCUGACUGAGCGUACGUACGUACGCAGUAAUAAAUUAACGAUGUACAUACGUAGUAAGUUAACAAUGACAAGGCGACCGGGACGGGAGUCAUCUAGUCUCCAUUAACGUCCAAGGUUAUUUCCGAGCACCUGAUCCGUCGUUUUCUCGCCCGUCUUUUUUUCUUGGUCGAUCGGUCUGUAUGGUUGUAUGAGUUUCUGAAUAAAUUAAG